GUAGCGACAUCUUACAUUUAUGGAAUUGUACACUUAUUAUUAUUUUCAAGACAGGGUAUUUCUGAAGGGUUGAGGUCCUCACGAUCGCAAAAUGGCACGCGGAUAGUAAGAAUUUUCAAGAAAUAUAAUAAAAAAUAUACACGGCGAACGAUCGUACUGAAUAACGAUGGCGUCGGCUUACAUUAAAGAUGAACAAGGUGGGACAUUCAUUCCUGCUAGUCAACGUCCAGAUGGUACAUGGCGUAAACCACGUCGUGUCAAAGAUGGUUAUAUACCACAAGAGGAAGUCCCACUAUAUGAAAGCAAAGGUAAACAGAUAAAAAAUAAACCUAUAUAUCCAAUAGGUGCAAGUCCAGAAUUUAUAGCAGAGCAUAAAGCUAAACAGGAAGCAUUAUUAGCAGCAAAAUCUAAAACUAUUCCUGGUGCUUCAGUUAAAACAGAAGUGAAAAAGAAAAAGAAAAAAAAUAAAAACAAAACAACUGAACGUAUAACGGAAGAAUUAGCUAAAACUACUCUUUCAGAAUCAGAUCAAAAGAAAGAAUUACCAUCACAUAAUAGUAAAUCACAAACCAAUAUAAAAACAAUAUCUAAUAAUCAAACAUCAGUUCCCAAACCAAAUGUCCCAACACAAUCUGAAAUUUCAAUACCAGAUCCACAAAAAAGGUUGAAAAAUUUAAGAAAAAAAAUUAGAGAAAUUGUAACAUUGGAAGAAAAGAUAAAAAAUGGUUUGUUAAAAAAUCCUGAGAAAGAAAUACUUGAUAAAUUGGCAAGAAAAGCUGAAAUUUCAAAAGAAAUAAAACGAUUAGAAGCAAGUCAAUAGAAAGAAGAAGUUGAAAAAAAAUAUAUUUACUUAUUCUAUUGAACUAUCACUUUAUAGUUGUACCUAAGCAAAUGUGUGUUUUUCAAAUUUUUAAAAAUUUUAAUAUGAUCUUAUGUAAUAUCACUUUCUCAUCCUCUUUAUACAGUAAAUGUAUAGCAAUAUAAAAAUGUACAUUUAUAUACAGAAGAUAAAAAUUAAAUACUAAUGAAUUUAGUAUGCUACAACAUCACUAUGUGAAAGACCAAUCAGAUUUUAAUAAAAAUUGUUUUUGCAUAUUA